AUGGAUGUGAGAGCGAGGAAGAGAGAAGAGAAAGAGAAAUUUGGAAAUUUAUCCAGAGAAAUGGAAGCAACAACUUCAACAUCGUGUCCUUCAACCCCUCGCUGGAAUAUCGACAGACCUUUCCUCACCGGCCGUUUCCACAAGGAAACAAAAGGAACUUCCCGGCUCGCUGAUACCAAGGGAUUUUCUAUGGAUUUAUUUAGCAAUGGAUUGGAGACCCCCAUUGGCUAUUACAAUGCAUCGGUUCAAGAACUUAUCGUCAUUGAUGAUCUCUUGUCUGCAUUGGUUGGAAUCGAAGGACGAUAUAUUUUGAUUAGAAGAGUCUGUGGAAAGGAGGAUCAAAUCUCUUUCCAGGUUGAUGCUUCUAUGGAUUUGGCAAUCCAGGAACUGGCAAAAAGGAUGUUCCCUUUGUGUGAGAGCUAUCUGUUGAUUGACCAGUUUGUUGAGUCCAGAUCACAAUUCAAGAAUGGUUUAGUUAAUCAUGCCUUUGCUGCUGCACUCAAGGCACUUCUUCUAGAUUAUCAGGCCAUGGUGGCACAGCUUGAACACCAAUUUCGACUUGGAAGACUUUCCAUACAAGGAUUGUGGUUUUACUGUCAGCCUGUGAUGGGUUCAAUGCAAGCUUUAUCCAUUGUGCUACAGAAGGCUUCAGCAAAUAAUUUUAUUGGUUCAUCUGUCCUUAACCUCCUGCAGAGUCAGGCUAAGGCAAUGGCUGGUGAUAAUGCAGUGAGAUCACUGCUAGAAAAGAUGACACAAUGUGCAAGCAAUGCAUACCUUAGCAUAUUAGAGAGGUGGGUCUAUGAAGGAGUGAUUGAUGAUCCUUAUGGUGAAUUUUUCAUUGCAGAGAACAAAUCUCUUCAAAAGGAGAGCCUUACACAAGAUUAUGAUGCUAAAUAUUGGAGGCAACGCUACAGCCUUAAGGAAGGAGUUCCUAGCUUCCUUGCAAAUAUUGCUGGGACAAUUUUGACCACAGGAAAAUACUUAAACGUCAUGAGAGAAUGUGGACACAAUGUUCAGGUCCCUGCCUCAGAGAAUUCUAAACUAACAAUCUUUGGCUCAAACCAUCAUUAUCUAGAGUGUAUAAAAGCUGCUUAUGACUUUGCAAGCAGUGAGCUCUUAAAUCUCAUUAUAGAAAAGUAUGAUCUAAUGGGAAAGCUGCGGUCUAUUAAGCACUACCUCCUUCUCGAUCAGGGUGACUUUUUGGUGCAUUUUAUGGAUAUUGCUUGGGAUGAGCUCACAAAAAAACUUGAUGAGAUUUCAGUGGAGAAGUUACAGUCUCUGUUAGACCUUGCUCUGCGUACCACAGCAGCUGCAGUAGAUCCAUGUCAUGAGGACUUGACAUGUUGCGUGGAAAGAUCUUCCUUGCUUAAAAGAUUGAGCACCCUGAAAGAUCUUGAAAUGAGGUCCGUCUCCGAUAGUAAUGAUCUAGAUGAGCUAUUGAACAUUACUGGUCUUGAGACAUUUUCAUUGAGUUACAAGGUUGAAUGGCCAUUGUCUAUUGUUAUCUCAAGAAAAGCCAUUGCAAAAUACCAGUUGAUUUUCCGCUUUCUGUUCCGCUGUAAACAUGUAGACCGCCAGCUUUGCGGAGCUUGGCAAGUGCAUCAAGGAGUUCGUGCUCUUAAUAUGCGUGGAACUGCCAUCUCUAGAUCAUCUCUACUCUGUCGUAGUAUGCUGAAAUUCAUUAACAGCCUUCUUCACUAUCUAACAUUUGAGGUUCUUGAACCUAACUGGCAUGUGAUGCACAAUAGACUUCAGACGGCCAAAAGCAUAGAUGAGGUUAUUCAGUAUCAUGAUCUUUUCCUCGAGAAGUGUCUGAGAGAAUGUCUGCUUCUUUUACCUGAACUGCUCAAGAAGGUGGAGAGGCUGCAAUCACUAUGCUUGCAGUAUGCAGCUGCAACUCAGUGGUUGAUAUCAUCUUCUAUUGACAUUCCAAAGCUAGAGGAAAAUUCCAAAUCAAGAAGCUCAUCUCACAUGCUAAAAAUGACAACUGAAAACGCAAGUGUCACUGAUGCUACACUAGUCCUUGGGACUGGUUGGAUUCGGACUUGGAAAUGUGACGACGGCGAUGGCGGCAAUUCUUCUUCCAUGGUUUUUUUUUGUGGUAAUGGAAGGUGGAGAUAUUUUCAAAUGACUUCGUUGAUAAUGGUACUCAUCUUGGAAAUCACCCUUUCUAUGCAAGGUGUGAAUGUAGAUUCGUUUUCUUUGAUGGAAGGGCUUAAUCAGAUUGUUGAGCCUGGUGUGGAUGGUGAAUUAGAUCUGGUUCGUGGCGACAAUAGACAUGUUUUGCAGACCAAGAGAUCAAACGACCCCUGUUUGCACCUCUCCCUGGCAAUGUUCUCAAAGGUUUUCCUUGUUACAACUGGACAGCCAAAGAGGCCAAACUGA